AAUGCAUGCUGGUACAACUUGGAAACUGAACUCCCUCUGAAUUACUGUAGCUGGUGACAGUGAGCCACUUGAAAAGUGUGACUUUAUCUGUUUGAAAUUAAAAUGGAAAGGUCGUUAUAAUUAGAGGAAAUAUGUGGAACCAACUCUCACAUUUGCAUAAGAACAAGACAUUGAAGUACGGCAUCCCUAUGCUCUUGCUGGUCGUGGGAGGUUCGUUUGGAUUAAGGGAGUUCACACAGAUUCGAUACGAUGCCCAGAAAAUCCGUAAAAAGCUGGACCCAUUACUGGAGGCCAAAAUAAAUCCGGAGAAACAGUCAGUAAUCCUUGAGGAGGAAUAUGAGAAACUUCGUGAGAAGAACCUGGACACUUGGAAGAAUAUUCGUGGACCCCGGCCUUGGGAAGAUUCCAAAGAAUACCAAGAAGAACAGAGAGCACGCCUUAAUAAAGGGGCCUAAUUGCACACUCACACGCACAUGUCUGUUUCAGCCUUGAAAUACAAAAAAAGGCUCUUCUGCAUGUGUGCAUUCUUGCAAUACUUAUGGAUUGUCAUAAACAUUGGGAUGAUAAUAAGCUGACAAGUACAUUUGUGUUUUCUUUGGCUUGGUUAAGAUCCUAACCACACAAAAGACUGAAACUGUUUGGACCAUGGAGAAUCUAUCUGAGUUAUAUGGGGAUCUUCAAUUCAAGAUCUCUUUGAUUCAUUGUGCCCUCUGUUUCAGAGAAUGGCUCUUUCUUCUUUGAGAGUUUGUGUUUGACAAAAUUAGUUAUUUGUGAGCACAUACAUCAUCAGUGCCUGUGAUCAGUUAACAUAACGCCACGCACCUAGUGAUUGGAGCAAAAUUGGUAUCGGUCAUGACAGAUAACCUUGUCAGUAAGUGUGCUGUUUUAAUAAACAAACCAAAAAAGACA